AGUGACACAACCAUUCUUGACAGCUGCCAGCUUGACGUCAAGAGCAUGCAGCAUGCCCAGGACCUCCGUGAUGCCAUUGAACAAGUCAAGAAUGGAGCUGUUGGCCACAUUCAUGAAUAUUACAGCCUCAGUGACAACAGAGCUGCAGAGGCCAUGUGGGGCCGUCUGAAGGGCAAGGUCACCAAGCGCGAGCAGUUGUACAGCCUGCUUUCUGGCACUUUCCAAGGUGACAAGGAUAGUUUCUUUCAAUUUUUCACUGUCUCCACUGCCAUAAAUGACAAGAAAUGCAAGCCCAAGCUGGUUGCUUUGAGGUUGGUUGUCAAAGCCAUCCUGCACUGCCAAAGGAACUUAGCAGAUGAGAGAACAAAUGUCAGGUAUAUUGAUCCAGUGAGUGGCCAGUUCUCUAAGCAGCUGUGGAGGGCAGUCUGGGGAGAUCAAAAUGACUGGCAUAUCUGGAGGGAACUCGGAAAGGAGUGGUAU